AUGAAUUAUGCUAAUACCAACCCACAGAUUGACUUCCCAGCCGUCGCCAAGCACUUUGGCAUCAAGACCAAUGCCGCUAUGAUGAGGUUCAAGCGUCUGAAGAAGAAGCUUGACGCAAUGGAAGCAUCCAUCAAAAGUGAUGACCCGGACCAGGACAAGGAUAAGGAUCAGGAAAAGGGUCAGACCAACGAGGCCAAGACUGAGGAUGAGGACGAUUCCAUGGACGAAAUUCCCCCCGAUAGCGAGUAA